GGUGAAAGUGAGCAAAUUGUAAAGUAAAAUUACCUAACAAUCACCAUGGUGCUGAAUCCAGUUAUUUCCAAACUUAAUGGAAAAUGUGUGGUCUUAGCUAGUGCUUCUCCACGCAGGAGGGAAAUUCUGAACAACGUUAGAGUAAAAGAAAAUUCAACGAAAUAAUCCCCACUUAUUGCCGCGAAUCUACAUUCUCCUACUUAACCAAAAUCAAGAUGCCCUUAAGGUGACGAAUGACGGACACCCAUCCAGAGGAUCAGCUAAAACUGCAGACCUCCAUGCUGCAACCAAAUAUUCAAAUGCUUUCCUGCAAAAAGCAGUCACAACAAAGUCAUUAAAAGGGUCUUAGGUUUGAAGUGGUGCCUUCCUGGUUUAAUGAGACACUUGACAAAUCUUCUUUUGAAAUGCCAUACAAUUACGCAAUAGAGACUGCAAAGGAAAAAGCCUUGGAGGUGGCAAAGAGGAUGCACUUGAAACACUUCAGGACUCCAGAUAUCGUCAUUGGAGCAGACACUAUUGUGUCCAUUGACGGUGACAUUCUCGAGAAGCCUGUAGAUAAACAACAUGCACACGCAAUGCUAUCAAGAUGUUCUCAACUGCUAAGCAUUACAGCAUUUUCUGCUCUAAUUUUGGAUAUUCAGCAUCUGCAGUAUUUUGCUUUUGUAAUAACUUAUAACCAACUGGAGACCAAAAUUACUGUUUUUCACGAAGAAACAAAAGUAAAAUUUUCAGAUCUAUCUGAGGAACUUCUCUGGGAGUACAUACACAGUGGUGAGCCAAUGGACAAGGCGGGUGGAUAUGGAAUUCAGGCGCUUGGUGGAAUGCUGGUUGAGUAUGUUUGUGGGGACUUUUUAAAUGUUGUGGGAUUCCCUUUGAAUCACUUCUGCAAAACACUGGGUGAGAUCUACAGCCCGCCUGUAAGUUAUUGCAUUGCAGAUCAUGCUGUUGCAAGUUUGGAAGACACCCAUGAUCUUCAGCAGGACUCUGCAAACCACAGGGGAAAUGAAAUAGCAGGAAAGAAACCGAAUUCUGACCAAACUGCAGUGUCAGAAAAAGUGGCAAAUAGCCCAAGCACCGAGAAGCCGAACGGUAUUCCCAAGGUGAAAGGCCCAGCAGUACUUCACCACAACGUAACGAAUAUAUCUACCGAGACUGAGGCAAAUGUUGCCUGGCUUCGUAAAAUCGCAGACCUAGUGAAUGGUUUUAAAGCAUCAAAGGUCUUAUUCACAGCUUCAAAACUCAAAAUAUUUGAUGCAUUGAGUACACAGGAUGGGUUAGAAAUCUCAGAAAUUUCUCAGAGAUUAGAGACCACAUUGGAUGGAACCAAAUGCCUCUUAGAUGCCUGUAUUACCCUUAACUUGCUUGAAAAAGCCCCAGGCACAUCGCAGCUGUACAAGAAUACACAACUAGCCAACACAUAUCUGGUGUCAAGCAGUGAAAACUCUCUACAUGACUAUAUCGUUUAUGCUAAUGACCAUACUUGGCCAUAUUUCACUCAUCUUGCUUCAGUUAUUAAAGAAGGUGCUCACAGAACAAAGGCUGAUGACUUAGUUCAGAAUUCUGAACAAACACCAACUUUUAUAUCUGCAGUUAACUGCCUUAUCAAAGUGACAGGAAAUAACAUUGUCUUGGCGUUUGAUCUUUCAUCAUUUAAAACAGCUUGUGAUUUAGGAUGCACUGGAGCUUUAUCGUAUGAAAUGGCAAAUGCAUAUCAAGAUAUGACAUUUGUAGUGUUUGCUCAGCCACAAAUGUUAGAAAGGAUUAAGCGCUUCCAGCCGCAAGGCCAGAAUCUAUGUCAAAUUAGUUUCCGAGAAGGAGACAUCUUCAAAGAUGAUCUGCCAGAGGCAGAUCUUUACAUUCUCUCAAAUAUUCUCCAUUACUGGAAUGAAGACGAAUUUGACCUCAUCUUAAGAAAACUCUCUGAGAAGUGCAAGCCAGGAUGUGGUCUUCUACUGGUUGAGCAUGUGCUGUAUGACCAGAAGACCAGGUCCAGCAGAGCAGUGCUGCAGGCCCUCAGCACGUUGGUGCAGAGCAACAGAAGAGAAAGGAGUGAGUCACAGUGCAGGAAGCUCCUGCAUAACCAUGGCUUUAUAAAUAUACAAAUGAAGCACACUGAACCAUUUCUGGAUGCCAUUUUGUGUAUUAAGCAGUAAUUUUCUCCCUGCAAUUUUCCAUAGACAUUGAUCCUUUUUCAAAUGAGGGGCAAAAUUAAUUGGUUGAUAUACAUAUAUAGACGAGCAAUUCCACUAAUGAAGAUGGACAGUGAUGUUGGUUAUUAACAUUGUAGUUUCUGUAAAUGAACUUUAAUGUUAAAAUGAUAGGUUCAUGUUUAUAAAUAUAGAUUUUAAAUUGUAUGCAAUUUGAAUGCUAUAUGAAAACUGAGGAAACUAUGUAUUAAUAUGUAUAAAUAAUUACUGUCACCUUGAGUUGC